GGGCCCUGGGAGGUGGCUGCGGGUGGUGGACAGAGCUGGGCUGGGGCGGAGCGCCGGCUCCCCGCUGCUGACCAGUGGCCCGUCUGGGGCAGAGGUGGUGGCUGCCUCCCGGGGCCCUGGUGAGCCGGAGCCGGCGUGGAGCGCCCCGACCUCAGAGGAGUGGUGCUGAGCGCACAGUUCCCUGGCCCUGCCCUCGGGGCUGGUGCUCGGGCACCUGCGUUUCACUCGCACUUCCUGAUGGCUUGGGAGGCCCGGCUUGGGGACCGUGUGUGGACCACAGGACACGCCGAGGCUGUCCCGUUCGUCCCCUGCUCACUCCUUUUUAUGGCUGCUCCCUGUGAGAACUUUGAGGUGGAGGCGGAUGACCUGGUGACCAUCUCGGAGCUGGGCCGAGGCGCCUACGGGGUAGUGGAGAAGGUGCGGCACGCCCAGAGCGGCACCAUCAUGGCCGUGAAGCGCAUCCGUGCCACCGUGAACUCGCAGGAGCAGAAGCGCCUGCUCAUGGAUUUGGACGUGAACAUGCGCACGGUCGACUGCUUCUACACCGUCACAUUCUACGGGGCCCUCUUCAGAGAGGGAGACGUGUGGAUCUGCAUGGAGCUCAUGGACACAUCCCUGGACAAGUUCUACCGGAAGGUGCUGGACAAGGACUUGACGAUCCCAGAGGACAUUCUCGGGGAAAUCGCUGUAUCUAUUGUGAGGGCCCUGGAGCACCUGCACAGCAAGCUGUCCGUGAUCCACAGAGACGUGAAGCCGUCCAACGUGCUCAUCAACAAGGAGGGCCACGUGAAGAUGUGCGACUUUGGGAUCAGUGGCUACCUGGUGGAUUCCGUGGCCAAGACGAUGGAUGCCGGCUGCAAGCCCUACAUGGCCCCUGAGAGAAUCAACCCGGAGCUGAACCAGAAAGGCUACAAUGUCAAGUCCGACGUCUGGAGCCUCGGCAUUACCAUGAUCGAGAUGGCCAUCCUGCGGUUUCCUUAUGAGUCCUGGGGGACCCCGUUCCAGCAGCUGAAGCAGGUGGUGGAGGAGCCAUCCCCGCAGCUCCCAGCUGACCGCUUCUCCCCCGAGUUUGUGGACUUCACUGCACAGUGCCUGAGAAAGAACCCUGCGGAACGCAUGAGCUACCUGGAGCUGAUGGAGCACCCUUUCUUCACCUCGCACAAAACCAAGAAGACCGACAUCGCUGCCUUUGUGAAGGAGAUCCUGGGAGAGGACUCGUAGGCGGCGGGGCCUUGGACCCACUCUGGCCCCGCGGCGCCGCGCAGCCCUCUGCUGCGGCAGUGCUUGCCCACACCCAUAAGCUACUGCCAACCUGGCCUUGGGCACCCGGGAGGAAUCCAGGGGGCUGCUCCUGCCUGACAGGCUGUCGGUCCCAAGUGCCAAAGAACCAGACCAUCGGGGCCCUCCGGUGCCUCUGCCCCUGCUGCUCCAAGGACUCUGAGACUCUGGACUUGGAGGGGCCAGACGCCCCUCACAGAGAAGGCAGUGGUGCCUUGUACAGGCCGCUGCCUUGGCCCGGCCCUGGCUGCCACCCAAGUUGUAUAUUUUUUUAUCUCUCGACUGAAUGGACUUUGCACACUUGGCCUAGGCUGGCCACACCUCUGUCCCGGCAUCGGUAGGGGGACCCAGUAGGGGGAUGAGCCACGUGAAUCCCCUGGAACCCCCAUGAGGCAGAUGCCAGAGCCACCGAGGCCUUCACCCCAGCACUGGCAGACGGGGCUCUAAGGGCACCGGGGCCACCUCGCCCCUGCCUGCCGCCUCUAGGGGUGUUGUUUCACUUUUAUUUUUUUAAUUUAUCCUCUUGAUUUUUUCCUUUUGCUUUGUGGGUUUGGCUGGUUUUUCUUGCAUGGUUUGGAGCCGAUCACUUUUCUGUCACCUGCUAGGGGACCAUCAGGCUAAGACCUGCCCUCUCUGCUCAGGCUGGGGUCUCGGGGGAUGGGCCCAAGGUCUCUGCUCAGAGAGGCGCUAGGGGAGCCAUCCAACUCACUCUCCUUGGGGACCGGCUCGACGGGGGCUGUGGAUUUGCUUUUGGUAUUGUUUUAAAAAAAAGAAGAAAAUAUAUUUUUUUGAAGAAAGGACUUGCCCGUCCAGGGUCCUGUCCCUGAUUGGCUGGGGCAGUUACCUGAUUGCUGUUUUAAUUUAAAAAAAAAAAAG